CCUUCUUCCAUUCCCAGGGCCAGAAAUGGACAGCCGAGACGGACACGGAGGAGAUGAUAAUGCCUUCCAGGUCAAAACCCUAGAAUUUUCCAGCCGACCGUCUCUUCCCGCGGUUCCCGCGGACCCGGACCCUGACCCUUGGAUCUUCUUCUCGUCCUCUACCCUAUCCUAUCACGAUUCCCUUCGAUUGCCGUGCACUUUUGCUUGGAUUUUGUUUGGCGCGGACUGAUUCGUGUUCGACCGAUUCAAUUUCGGCCCAAAGGUUGUUUUCUGAUGAGGUCCCUGCAAGUUUAAACGUCUUGGAUGAGUGAUGUAUGGCUCUGCUGCAUGUUUGCCUUAACACCAAACAAAUUAAGAUUUGUUAAAGAUUGAUGGAACAUUAGCCACUUUUAGGAAUAUGAUGUUUAUGGGGAUUCCUGGAAAAAAGGUUGUGCUUUGAACUUUAGUAUCAGUUUUGUCAUGAAAGUUGGUUCCAAGAAUAAGUUUCCAUGGCUCCUGUAAGCAGCAUUUGCAUGGAAAUUCCUGAUUCCCAAGCCACAGAUGAUGAACUUGCCAGUGCUAGCAUUGAACUUGAUGGUAUCCUGCCUUCUAAGUCUUCCACAGUUUCUGGUAUUAAAGCAGGCUCAUCUUCAACCAGUGGUGUGCACGAGCUUCUUGAAUGCCCAGUCUGCACAAGCUCUAUGUACCCUCCCAUUCAUCAGUGUCCAAAUGGUCACACUCUCUGCUCAAGUUGCAAGCCUCGAGUACAUAAUCACUGCCCUACCUGUCGCCAAGAACUGGGUAAUAUCAGAUGCUUGGCUCUUGAGAAGGUUGCAGAGUCGCUCGAGCUUCCUUGUAAAUAUCAGAACCUAGGAUGCUCUGACAUACAUCCAUACUAUACUAAAUUGAAACACGAGCAGCUAUGCAGGUUCAGGCCCUACAAUUGUCCCUAUGCAGGUUCUGAAUGCCUGGUCACAGGUGAUAUUCCAAUGCUUGUGGCCCACCUGAAAAAUGAUCAUAAGGUGGAUAUGCAUGAUGGCUGCACGUUCAACCACCGAUAUGUGAAAUCCAAUCCCCACGAGGUUGAAAAUGCAACGUGGAUGCUCACUGUCUUCAGUUGUUUUGGACAGUACUUCUGUCUUCACUUUGAGGCCUUCCUCUUGGGAUUGUCGCCAGUUUACAUGGCGUUCUUAAGAUUUAUGGGGGAAGACAGUGAAGCAAAGAACUUCAGUUACAGCCUGGAAGUGGGUGGCAAUGGCCGAAAACUGAUAUGGCAGGGAGUGCCAAGGAGCAUCAGGGACAGCCACAGGAAGGUUCGAGAUAGUUAUGAUGGGUUGAUCAUCCACCGAAACAUGGCCCUGUUCUUCUCAGGUGGCAACCGGCAAGAGUUGAAACUGCGAGUGACUGGUCGAAUUUGGAGAGAGCAAUGAUUUUAACCAUCUUCUAUGCUUCUAUUUCCUCUCUAUGAUUCCUGUUGAUCAUCUGAGUGCAACAAUAGGACUGUGGCUAGCUGAUAAAUCAUGUCAAGUCUGUAUGCUUUGGUAUGCAUUUUGUAUGGUAGCAAAGGCACAAGUCAUUCUUGUUUCUGUAUAUGUUCACUUAAUCUUCUUCGAUUCAAGAUAAGUGGAAGCGCUUAAUUUUCUUUGACUCAAGAUGAGAGGAAGCAUGCAGCCAAAGCUGUGACAAUGUUGCCAUCCUUUUGUACAAGUCAUGAACAAUGAAGAUAUAGGUAUGCUGAGUACAACAUGGGAUUUAGAUGUGGUAGUUGCAUAUAUGGACAAUUUGGUGUUUUGUUGGUAGUCACCGAAGUCACCAUCGCAGCUGAAGCCUCAGACAUGCAAUCUGCAUAUUUGAGAGAAUGUCAAAGGAGAAUAUGAAGAAAGCGAGAUGAUUCCUAGUGUUAUCACAUCAUCAUUCAGAAUUCUCAAAACUUCAGUUGUUUUUGGAUUUAGGUGAUCACGUAGACAUUCAGUAUCAUCAAAGCUUUCUAAUGGGUCUUUUUCUGGAUACACUGUAAGGUACUACUACAUCUAUUAAAGUUGGUUACAUGGUAGAGAUCAUGUUUCUAAGGUCUCAAUUGUGUAUGUGAAGUAUUAUACAAUCUUAUAAAAUGAUUUAGAUUAGUAUUUCUGAUA